UUGAUUUUGGUUAGCAGAAAAAAAAAAAAAAACCUUAUUUGCAUUGCUACUUCAAGAGUGAAAUUUAUGGUACGAUGGAAACAAAUUUAGACAUGACGGAUGCAAUAGAUGAAAAUGACAAAUGUGAAACAAUUAAUGAUCAUACUGACAGGAAUUUUUUAAAUACAGAAUUAGAAGCAUUGAAUUCUAUAUACAUCAAUGAAAUUGACGUCAGCAAAGAGGACGAGUUGUUUACAUCUGUAUCAAUUGAUCUUCACCCUGCCACUGCUGAUAAUGUUGACCAACAGUACGUUAAAAUGACAUUAAAGUUUACAUUGCCAGAAGAGUAUCCAGACGAACUUCCCAGGAUAACUAUUAGAAAUCCAAGGGGCUUAUCAGAUGAAAAACUAAAAAGUAUCAUUGACGAAAUAUCACUUAUUGCUGAAGAGAAGAAGGGGAAUUCCAUGCUUUUUGAAAUAAUUGAAGCUGCAAAAGAACAUUUAACAUCCCAAAAUAGACCAAGUGGUGAGUGUGCUAUUUGUUUGUAUGGUUUUAGUGAACAAGACAUCUUUACCAGGACUGAAUGUUAUCACUAUUUUCAUUCACAUUGUCUGGCAAGAUAUGUCAAAAAUAUUCUUGAAAAUGCUGAAGAAAGUGAAGAAAAAGACACGGAUAAAUCCUCUGAACUGUUCUGCCCCAUGUGUCGUAUCCCUAUAAAAUUUUCUACGAGUGAUGAAGAAUAUCCUCCACCAACUGCUAUCAAUGAAGAAACGUUUAACCUGACUGAGGAAAUUGUGGACUUGCAAAAAAAGAUGGCUGAUCUUUAUCAAAAGCAGUUGGAGAAAGGUGGAAUAAUUGAUGUAGAAGCAGAAAGAAACAAAUAUUUACUCGAAAUUUCUGAUGUGCCGACUCAGUCCACUUCAGUGGAAAAAUCCGAUUCUAAAGUGAUGGAACAUCCUUCCCUUGAUGAAUCCGGUAAUGCGGAACCAGAUGCACAUCAGUCUCCAAAAGAUAAAGCCAUAGUGAAUGAGAAAAAUACAAAAUCAAGUUCAAGGGAAAACUUUCAGGGAAAUAGUGGGAGAAGGAAAAAGUUUGAUCCAAAAUAUGAACGAAAACCUGACAGAUAUGAACGAAGGCCUGAUGCCUAUCGACAGAAUAAUUAUGGAAAGUAUCACCGGCAUAGAGAUGGACAGUUCAAAAAUGCUUCUAGUCGAACUGCUAGUCAAGAGCAUUAUUCUAAAAAAGACGCAGUGCAAAUAGACUCUGAAGAUCAACAACCAGCUGAAGAAAGCACUUCGGAAGUUAAUGAUCCAGUAAAUAAGAACUCGGACUCUCCAGAUUCUGUCAAACCUAAACAUACAAAUAAUUCUGAUUAUAGAUACAAUUACAAUCGAAAUCCGCGUUUUAAUCAGCGAGGUAGGUAUCAGCGCUAUAAUAAUUAUUCUAACAAUGGCUCCUACAAUAGGGAUAGACGAUAUGAUGGUUCAAACAAUUAUUAUAAGUUUAACUAUCACAAUAGGAAACCGCACCAAAGCAAUGAUCAUUUUGAAGAGAAAUUUCAUGAUGACGUGGAUAAAGAAGGUACGCAACGAUCUCGUGGUAGAUAUUAUAAAGAAAAAAGUAAUUUUGACCAUAAAGACCAAUCCCAAGAAGACGGGGAUACAGAAGAUACACAGCGAUCUCGUGGCAGAUAUUAUAAAGAAAAGAGUAAUUUUGACCACAGAGACCAGUUUCAAGAAGAUGGGGAUAAAGAAGAUACGCAAAGAUCUCGGGGUAGAUAUUACAAAGAAAAAAGUAAUUUUGACCAUAAAGACAAAUUCCAAGAAGAUGGGGAUAAGGAAGAUAUGCAACAAUCUUGUGGUAGAUAUUAUAAAGAAAAAAGUAAUUAUGACCGUAAAGACAGAUUCCAAGAAGACAUUGAUAAAGAAGAUACACAAAGGUCUGGUGGUAGGCAUUUCAAAGAAAGAAGUAAUUAUGACCGUAAAGACAAAUUCCAAGAUGAUGUAGAUAGAGAAGAUAUGCAAAGAUCUGGUGGUAGAUAUUUCAAAGAAAGAAAUAAUUACGACCAUAAGUUUCAACAUAAAAAUGAAAAGGCAAAUGACUCUGACCGAAAUUCUUCAGAAAAAUACUCUAGUAAUGCCAAUCAGAGAAAAGAGCAACAUGUUCGGAAAAAUGACCUCCCUUCUGAAAGGACUCCACAAAAAAAUGUCGGUGGCGAUUGUAGUGAAAAUACUGCUAGUGAUGAUUUGGACAAAACUGAGGUUGAAAAUUCUCAGGAAAAUAAAUCGAAUCCUAGGAGGUCAAAAAAUUAUUCAAAUUAUAACUCAAGUCAUAAUUAUGGCAAUGAUACACAGUAUCAUGAUAAAUAUGACUAUAAUAACAGAAGCAGUCGGUAUCAAAGGAAUCCUAAUAAGUCUUAUAAUUACGGUCAUUAUUCUCCCCAAAACGGGGGCUAUAAAAAUUAUGGCUCAGAAAAAUGGCAAAAUCGACCAUAUCAGAAAAAGUCAUCUGAAGAUUUCAAGCAAGAAGCAGUAGCCAAAGAAAGUGAAUCUCAGAUUAAGAAACCUGUUGUAGAACGUAAUGUUGAAUCCUCACUGGCCCCGAAUAGAAGUGGUGCAGAGAAAUCAAGCAUAUCUGAAAUGACCCCUGGUGGAUCUCCAUCGAUGCUUCGACCUCCACCUGGUUUUGCUAAUCCGGCUAGUCGAGUGCACUACGGUCUGAAAGCUGCUAAUCCACCGCCAGGAUUCAGCAAGAGCUGACAACGGUUGUCUCAAAAGGACCUCUUUGAUUGGAUUAAAAGCUGGUUGCGAUGUCUGAACAGAUGGAACUUUAAGUUUGUUAAUUUUUGUAGCAGUAGGGAUGUGUACCUACCUGGUUCUCAAUUGCAUUUUUGAAAUCAGAAUAUUACUUGUAUGAAGAUCCUCCUAUUUUUAUAAUAUUAAAAACAAAUAAAUGAAACAAAAUAAUAGUAAGACUUCUAAAGUUAUUUUUAUUGUGAAUGGGAAAAUCAAUUUGUUAAAAGUGCAAAAAUAUUGCAGACAUAUGUUUUGGGGUUAACAGGAAAUCUAUGAUUGUAUAAAGGUGUGAACUUCAGAGCAUAAUAAGAGGACAGAAAUCCACUCUGAAACUCACACAUGUAUUUGUUAAAGUGUUUCAUUAUCAACCCUGAAACAGGUGACUACAGUAUUUUUGUUGUUUUUACUAUGUUGAUUUUUUUAUUCAUUGUUUCUGCCCCAAAAUAAAUUUUUUCUGUCUUAUUUUUAUUGUGCUCACACUGUUUUUGAAAGUUUCAAAAUUUUACUGAUGAUAAUUUAGUUUCAAAGUACUGUUAGUACAUUUCUUUGCUCACACGGAACAUAGAGAUGCAUUGCCUACAAUUGUACUUUAUUUGAAAUUUCUUUUUUCAUGAUCUAUGUUACAUAAUGUGCUUUUUUCAUUGUAAGGAUUUUUAUAGUCUGCUUUUAUUAUUUUAUAGUUUUUAUCAUUAAAAUAACAGCAGCCUCAGUAUCACAGUGUGUAGUCUAGGGUUGCCAACUGAUCCACAAAAAUAGUGAAACUCUGUUACUCCACAAAGAAGUUAUUUUGCUCCGUAUUUCCCGUUUGGUCUUAAUUCUGACUAGGGUUACCAAAGAUUUAAUAAGAUUUAAAUUUAUUUUUAUUAUAUUUUGUUAGUUUAUUAUGACAGGCAUGUAAAUAUGAGAAAUUAAAGAUGCUUAUACUCAAAGCAUGACAUAGUGUUGAAAGUUGUUUUAUUAAUUUAAAAAUAACUACAGUUGGCUCUCUGUUGAACGACUUUCAAGGGACCACAAAGAAUCGUCCUUAAGUAGAAAGCGUCCUUAAAUAGAAUGCUUUAAACACUAUAGUGAACCAUCUGGGACCAUGAAAAGCCGUCGUUAAAUAGAGAAAGGUCUUAAAUAGAGCCUCGUUAAACGAAGAGCCAACUGUAUUUUUAUGCCAGUUUUUAAAAUAAUUAUCAAAGCUCAAAAACAAUUUCAGAUAAGAGGUAUAACUCUUUUAUAUUGGUUUUUAUACAAUAUACCAAGCUGAUCCGCAAAAUUUCAAAAUGCUCCUCAAAAUCGCCACAGAUGCACCUGAAAUGGUUUCUCCAAGGUUGGCAACCCUGGUAGUAAAAUAAAGUUAUUCUAUUUUUUUUUAUUGUUAAAAGAUAUAUAUUUCAUCUUCCCACCCCCCACCCCUUUAAAAAAGUUUUUUUCCUCUUUGUUAAUUGUAUACAUAUUAAAUAAGUAUUCCUGGGUUGAUGUUUUUGAUCUAAGGAGCUGGUAAAUUAACCAGGGCUAGGGGUGAUCAACCCCUGGAACACAACGUAGUGAAUAUUGAUUCUUUGAUAUGAAUUUCAAUUAAGCUUUUUAUAAGCUCAUUAUGUUUAGAGUUAAGCCGAUCGGUGAAAAAAAAUUAUUUUAAUACUUUUUAUGGGGUUACCCGGAUGCAUUAUGUUUUAGUCAGUAUGUAUGAUAAAAUCGAUAUUAUUAAUCUGGAUGUUUUAUUUGUAUUUUGGUCAGUAUGUAUGACAAAACAAUUAUUAUUAAAAUAUAAAAAGAAUAAAGCAAAAUGUUUCAUUGUCUUGUAGAUGAAUUAAAAAAAAAAAAAAAUAAUAAUACUCAAAGCAAAUGAUAAGGAUAUUUUGCAUUCCUUUACUAAUACCUCAUUUUUCUUAAGUUAAACUUUUGAAUUGUUGAAAGUUCAAUUUUACUUUCAGUUGACCUCACGAAGAGGCAUAUUGGUGUACGUCAUACUAUGUUCAUUUAUGGAUGAGCUUAGUUUUUGUGUACAAAUUUUCUUGUUACAUUUGAAAUGUUUGUAUUGCUAUUAUAUUACAAUAACA